GGUUGGAUUUGAUGGACCUCCAUUGACGAAAAACAUAGGAAACGAUAGACAGAGAAGCAAGAGACAAGAAAAAAGAGAGCGUAAAAGCAGCUAAAAGCGAGCGCGAUGGGAGAUACAAAAUCCUCCGCCACCGCCUACGAUGAUUUGCUUCUCAAGAGCUUCUUCGCGGAAGUCAGCGAAGUCGAGCGAGAUAACGAAGUCGCCAGGAUUCUUUCAUGCUUCAAGUUAAAUCCAUUUGAGUAUCUAAAUUUACCAUUUGAAGCAUCUCCAGAGGAUCUCAAAAAGCAGUAUCGUAAGUUAUCUUUGUUGGUUCACCCUGAUAAGUGCAAGCAUCCGCAAGCGAAAGAAGCUUUUGCAGCAUUAGCAAAAGCCCAGAAACUCUUACUUGAUGAACAAGAAAGAGAUUAUGUUCUUGCCCAGGUUAACGCAGCUAAAGAAGAACUUCGAGCAAAGAGGAAGAAGCAGUUGAAGAAAGAUACAGCCUCCAAAAUAAAGUCAUUGGUUGAUGAGGGAAAAUAUGAUCAACAAUAUGAAUGGUCAGAAGAGUUCCAGCAGGAGCUCAAAUUGAAGGUUCGAGAAAUUUUAACUGAUCAAGAAUGGCGGAGGAGGAAAAUGCAGAUGAGGAUAUCAGAAGAGGAGGGUAGAUUGAAGAAGGAUGAAGAAGAACAAAAGGAGAUGUGGAAAAGAAAGCGUGAGCAUGAGGAGCAGUGGGAAGGAACAAGAGAAAAGAGGGUUUCAAGCUGGAGAGAUUUUAUGAAGACGGGAAAGAAGGUGAGACUAAAUACUGAUUUUGUUGAGCCUAGAUGGGCAACAAUUUCUACUUGUGUUAUUCUUUUUAACUCUUUUUGCAGGGGAAAAAGGGAGAGAUUCGACCACCUAAGCUCAAGACUGAGGAUCCCAACAAAUCCUAUGUUCAAAGGCCUGUAAAGCGAGGAUAAUCGUGGCUAUGGCAUAACAACCAAGUUUCCUGGGAGUUGAAGGAGGCUUCGAAUGCAGGUAUAAAAUUGUAUCCGUCCAUGUCUUGCCUGUAUAAAAUACAUGAUUGAAUUGGAUAAUAGGCUUUUGUGGAGCUUUGUCUCGUGUCUUAAAGUGAACCAAAAUUCUUGUUAAGGCUAUCUAGAUCUUAAUUGUCAGGAUACAGUUACGGAUACUUACAUUACAUUUAGUGAUUUUAGGAGCCUAAUUGGUUCAUGUGAUUAGUUGUAGAGGGUAAUUAUCCGGUGGUUAGCUAUUUGU